AAGGAGGAAAGUGAAAUAGAGCGACUACACGCGCCAGAGAGAGAGAAAGAGAGAGACAAGUCUGCCACUGACAGGGAAUAUCUGCCAUUUUCCGCGUUGCAGGAGGCUGCAGCCCUGAUCCAGAGGACCCGGGAUCCAGGCACAGGCACCGCCGCAGAGCCCCCUAGCUGGAGUCAUGCAGUCCUUCAGAGAGCGGAGUGGUUUCCAUGGCAACCAGCACUGCUACCAGCAGGAACCUCAAGAAUUAUCACGCCUUGAGAGUUAUAGACAUCAUCACAGCCAGUCCAGACAGGGCUACGAGCCACACUCUCUAGCUGCUGCAGAGAUGUCAACAUCGGGAGCGGGUUCUAAAGACUGUUAUGGACAGCAGACCUAUCCUAUCUACACCAGCACCAGUGCUAAUCAGACUAAAAAACCUUAUAGAGGAGCCAAAACUCCAAACCAGCAUCUGCAGGCUGGCUACAGCAAUCACAUGGGCACUGGAUACACAGCCCAGUACAUGAGUGAAGGUCACUUGCAGCAAAAAUGGGAUGAGUCACCUCAGAUGACCCAGUUUGAGCAGGACAUGGUGGGACGGCUGGAGUCUGGGGUCAGUGGGUCAUCCCAGUACCUAGAGCAGAACAUGCUAGCUCAAAGUCUCUCUCAAAGUCAGUGCCAUCUACCUUCGCAGUCCUCUGCCCCAACCUAUACAAGUCCUCAUCAACAGGGCCUCCCACCCAACCCAGCACCAUCUCCUUUAAUGUAUCCACAGGGUCACCUCAAUUUCCCCCAGCACUCGCAACACCCGUCUUCAUCUUCGUCAUCUUAUAUGGAGAAAUGUAAUGCAAUGCCGCAUGGCUAUAAAGGCUAUGGUAUACCACCUAAUGCCCAGUAUGGAAGACAUCUUGGCAAUCACAGCAGUCUAAAGCAGAGUGGAUACAGACCUCAGAAUAAUUACGGUUAUCAGCAAACUCCAUCAAGGUCUGGAUUUGAACAGGGCUCCCUGCAAGGAAUGUCUGGUACACAAGAGAACCUUCAGAAAUUCCAGCACUACAAUCAGCCCCAGCAAAACUACUGCAUAACAGAUAUUUCUGUAAGGUCACCAGAACAAUACUAUCAGAACUGCAGUCCAAGCUCUAGUCAUUCACCUGCAAGGUCUGUGGGAAGGUCUCCCUCAUACAAUUCCACACCUUCCCCCUUAAUGCCAAACCCUGAUUCAUUCCAGUAUGGCCAACCUCCCAUCAACCCCGGGGCUUCAUCAUCCACAGGUCUGCAAGACCAAAAUAUGCUGAUGCCUCCUCAUACUCAUUCAUCACCCAGUGUGAACCACCAGUCCCAGAGCUAUUCUGGCUCCAUGAAAGAACGAUUUUCGGAAAAGCUCUUGUCCAACCCCAGUUUGUGGAGCCUCAAUGCCCUGACGUCUCAAGUUGAAAACAUCUCAAACAAUGUCCAGCAGCUGCUGGUGUCCGAGGCCCUUAUGGCUAACAAAAAGACCAGCAAGCGAAAUCAUCCAAAAAAGGGAGAAGACUAUAGAGGUCAGUUAAAGGGUAUGGAAGAGUCAUCUUGUCCUGAUAACCAACAUGGUCCUCCUCCAUCCGAUGCUUACACCAUUUCAAGGUCCAUGACAGCAGAACUGCAGGAGGGAGGAUACUCUAGCAGCACUGAGGACCAGAUGGACAGGAGCUACUACUAUUUUGGUCAGGAAAAAGGUCAAGCACAAACCCAGACACACUCACGUCUCAGCCUUGACACAGUGUCUACUUGCUCAUUAAACUCAGCUGACGAUAUAUCCGUUAGGUCAGGUGACUCAGCUCGAAGUCUCCAGAGUGUAGUGUCUGAGGAUAAUCUCAACUGUGACCCAAGAGUACAGAGAGUACUGACUGGAGAGGAGCCCAACAGCUCUCUCCGUUGCAUUAGAGAUGAGAGGUCUCCUAUCAGUGUAACAGCUCCAAGUCCUAUGAAACAAGAGAGCAAUUCACCACCAGACAUAAAGCAUUCAGAGAGCACUCUAAAGGAGAACUUUGAGGAGUCAGCAUGGACUGAGAGGAUGGCUAAUGAGGAGGAAAUUGGACAAAGAAAGCUGUCUGCAGAGCAUGAGUGCAAAGGAGAGGUUGCGGAAAAGCAAGAGACGUGGCUGGAGGAUGAGAAAAGUCCUUCUCUUUUUCAUAAAAUAAACAAAGCAGUAUUAGAGGAAGCAUACUCUUAUGAAACAGAAGAAAAUAUCUACCAAGGGCUGCAAAACAAAUUUGACUCAGAAAAAGAAAACUCGUCAGAGAUGGACUGUUUUUCUGAACUUAACCACAAAUGUAAUGAAGGCACAGAAAUAAAAUCAGAACAUUUCAAAUCAGAACCACAGACCAAUGCUGAAAUGCUUGUGAAAACAUCACCCAGCGAUUCAGGCACUGAUCUGUAUUUGCCGGAGAAAGAAGAAAAUUCAAAGAGUGAGGAUUCCAUAGAGAACCUCACAUGCACUGAUGAACCAGUGGACACCCUUGAGGAGCAGCCGUCUGUCCUCUCCCAUAAUUCCACUGAGGUGAGAGAUGAAAAGGAGAGUUUGACAACCUCAGUGGAGGUCGUUAAUAAUAGAGCAAGACCACAAGAGUCCUUUGCAGAAGUCUGCAGUACAUUUGAGGAAAUGGGAAACAUGCCACAAGUCAACACAGAAACUGCAGAAUGCUUUGCCCAGGACACACAACAAAGAGACAACGAUAGGAGGUCAGCCACAUGUGACAUUGCACCUCAGCCUCACACUGCCAAGAGUGGCUUCUCAGCUCUCAAUGAGAAAACAACACCUUUGGCUCAGGCUAGGGAUCAUCACAUCGAUCGUAGUGAUGCAAAGGUACUGGAGCCUGACUCUCCUCAGUUGCCGGGCAAGUCAAUACUGCACUCUGCACCAUCUUGGGCUGACACCCCACCCUCUCCCAAGAAAGGGGAUGAGGAUAUGGAACCGGGAAUAAACUGUCCCAGUGCAGUGACUCCCUCAGCCAAACCAGAGCCUAUGGCCCCAUCUGCACAUACAAGAAUGUUCGGUAAGAAACAUGCACGGGGCAGGAGAAGACUAAUGCAUUCAAGUGUGGGAAUCAGAAGGCAGCUAAGUGUAGAAGGAGACAUUGCUCCACCUUCUGCCCAAAAUCCCAGUAUGCCCUCCAGCAAAAGCACCCUUAUUCUUGACCAGAUGGAAACUGCCCACCAGGAUAUUAGCAGUCAAACACCAAAACUUGUGACAGAGAGUUUACCAUCACGGAUGUGCACUCGCUCCUACGGUUCACAAAGUAGCCCAAAAGUCUGCCCUCAAGAGAGAAAGAAACCAGGUCCAAAGCCUGGUCCAAAACCAGGUGUGAAGCCAGGGCCAAAACCAGGUCCAAAGCCUGGUCCAAAAUCAAAUCUAAAACCUGGACCGAAGCCUAGUCCAAAAUCAAUUUCAAAACCUGGUCCAAAACCAGGACUUAAACCUGACGUUAUGCCCAGUGUAAAACCUGGUCCCAAACCAAGUUUAAAAUGCACUGGACCCACAGAAAACGCAAAGCCUGGUCCAAAAUCUGCUUUAAAGCCAGGUACUAAACCUGGUCCUAAAUCUGUUUCUAAACUAGGCUCAAAUCCUGCAGCUUUAGCAAGAGAAAUACUUGUUCCAAAGCCAAGUCAAACCACCGCAGAGUCAAAGACAAUUGAGGGCUCAGUACCUAAAGGACCAGGCCGACCAAGAGGAAUCACCUCUAAGAUCAAAUCAAUAAAGCGAGAUGAAAAUGUUCAGAUUACAAAAGACCAUACCAAGGACACACACCGUACACAUGAACUUAUUUUGCAAGACGUGACCACAGCAUUAACUUUGGACACACUUGUUGGUGCUGUGGACACCACUAAGGAUGAAACUGUGGGUUCCACUUUGGAAUCUACUCUAGACAGCAGUUGUGUGAAGUCCUUAGCAAGAGAUCAAAAGUCCAUGGUGCUGAGAUCACGGAAACAAACCAGAGAAAAGCUGACUGAAGUUAAAGAGCAAGAGAAUGAUAAAUCAACUGAGACACCUUCAGCAAUGUUCAUACACUCACAAAUACAGGAUGCUACUGUGGAUCAGUCAUGUAAGACUGAAUCUUCAAAUCUUGAAUUACCUAAGCAGAAGGAUAUUUCUACAGAUUCACUUCAACAACCAAAUGAAGAGGUGGUUUGCCUCAAAAGAAAAUCCAGUUUAAUGUCCUCAGAAACCAAAAAGAGAAAGAAAGGUGUGCAAGAAAGUGAAGUGAAGACACAGGAGCCUCCAUCAGAUACAGUCACAGGAGUCCGUAUUGCAAAGAGAAAGCGAAAGAGAGGACAACACUUGCAAGCAGAAUCUGAAAGCGCCACUGUGACCACUGAUAACCCUCCCACUGAUGAUGUCAGUGACAUGCCUUCUGUACCUCCUCAGUGUCCCACUAAAACCAAAUAUUUGCCUCCUCGGAAAGGCAGGGGACUUAAAUAUGAGGCAAUGGUUCAGAAAAUCACAUCCCCAGGGUCCAAAAAGCAACCUGUAAAUAUCCAACCAGAUACUGUACCAGAAGAAUCAACAUUAAAGCCAGUGCCACAGGUAUCGGAGCAGAAAGAGACAAUGAAUGCCCCUGAGGUGACUCACGAGGUGGGCGAGAGUACAAUAAGAACACAAGAGACCCAAAAUACAGGAAUUCAAACUCCAAGGAAAAAGAGGAGAAAGUGGGCCACUGUAGAGAGCAGUGAUGCACCAGAUGUAGCCCUGGAGGCCGGGAGCCUCGUUAUCAACACACCAAGGCUAGCCAAACAGAGAGCCAUUAAAAACAACCAUGAGAUGCAUCUGAAGCAACGAAAGAGGAGAAGAAAAGGCAUUGAACCACCAGAAAGCAUCCCCAUUGUGGAGCAACAGGAGCCUAUACAGACUGAUGUUUUGCCCCCUCCUCCACCCACCUUCUCUUUACCAGGUGAACAGACACAGUAUGAGGAGCCACCAACAGAAUUAUGCUUACCACUAAUAAAACCCAAACGAGGCAGGCGGCCAUCACUCAAACUCAAACAGGACGAACUCUCAAGUCAAACAAAUGACAAAGUAAAGGAGAAAAAAAAGCCUGGGCCAAAAAAAAGGGUUAUGAAUGUCCUCAGAGUUGUAGUGAGGAGGCCUAACAUAAAGACAAAAUGCAGCAAUGAUCUCUGCCCAACAGUGAAAGGAACAUUAUCAGACUUGUAUUCAGCAGUGAGUAACGACAAAUGUUCUUUUAGACCAUAUGUACACAUUGACAGCUCUUUGGAGCCAGCAUCUCUUUGUACCAUUGUCAACAGGCCUGAGGAAGAGCAGAUGCUCAGCCAGGUAAGAAAAAAGAGUGCAGCUAAAAUGAAAAAUCUAGUCACAGUUACCAAGGCAGUAUCAAACUCCUCGGCAAUGCUCCAGGGGCCCUUAGUUAACAAAAGCCUAAUUGACAGGUGUCUAACGUGCUGCCUAUGUGGAAAGCCAGCAAAUUACAGAGAGCUUGGGGACUUGUGUGGCCCCUAUUAUCCUGAGGACUGCAUACCACGAAAAAUGCUGUCAUCAACACACAGGAAUGAUUUCAGGCAAAACAGCAACUGUGCAAAUGAGACAGAGGUCAGCUGCAUCACAGAGCAAAUGAACUCACAGGAUGCAUGUGAGAAGGAUGCCUAUCAGGAAGGGACAAGUGAAGGACACAGUGGGCAUCCCAGGAGGGGGAAAAGGGCAAUUAGGGAACAGAUAAGAACCCGCCCCUCUUUGCGGAUGAGGUUCAAAAGACUGCUGCUGUUGCAGAGAAAACUUAGUGGAACUUCUCCCUCUGCUGGUGAGGAGGGCAGUGGAACGGCUCUUCAGAGAUUGCAGACGGAGGCUGAGGCGAAAGAGCACUGGGCUCAUGAAGCUUGUGCUGUCUGGACCACAGGCAUAAUACUUGUAGGAGGCAAACUCUUUGGGCUGAUGGAGGCUGUUCAGAAAGCUGCACAUGCAAAGUGCUCCAGGUGCCAAGGUGAAGGAGCUUCCAUCUGCUGUAGCUGGAAGAGCUGUACUCAGAGGUACCAUUAUGUCUGCGCCAAAGAGAUGGGCUGCACAUUUCAAGAAGAGACCUUCUCUAUUAGGUGUCCGAAACACAAGGCAAUGUAAUAUCCCGGUGCAUGAGGACUGGUGAAUGUCACCUGUGCAGUAGAACAAGGACAUGCGUAUGCCUGUGUGCUGCGAGGCACUGUGGACACCCAAAACACAGAGAAAAACUGGGGCUUCAGUCGAAGCACAAAGAUACUGUAGCAAUACCGACCCAAGAUCAGAUCAUCUCUGAAUCCAUCCAUCCGACCCGGUCCAGACACAACAACCUUCAUGACCAAACGCUGAAAAAGGGAAAGACGCUUUUGUUAUGAAUCCGAAUGUGCCAUUCUUCCAUUUUAUUCCGUGUUCUGGAGCGGAUGUUAUCAGUCGGGGACACCUGGUGGCAGAUUUGGCCUGCUGCCCCGAGCACUGGCUGGCACAGACGCAUUUCCGCUGUGGAAGGGGAAUUGAAAUUUGAAGAUGUCAUGCAACAUGCACUCACUGGAUGUAUUUCAAUGGACACUUACAUGUUACAAAGAAGAAGAAAAAAAUUAAAUUGUACAUGGUGUGCUUUACAGGUCUAAAUAGUCUGAUAUCAUAAAAAAAGAACAUAAAUGCAUUAUUUUAAUAUAUUGCUACGCCAAGAUGUAGGCUUAUUUUCAUGUGCAUUUGAAGACAAAACAGCACCACUGAGAUGUCCAACUGUGCAUCCGGAUGACUAAAAUAUCCUGCGUUCAUGUUAUGUGUAUCAGCUGCUCAGCAUUAAGGAAUAGUUCUCCCAAAAAUGAAAAUUCUGUCAUCAUUU